AUGAAAACUGCUUUUGCCCAAUCUUUUACUUCCCCAAAAGAAGAAGAAUCCUUAACUUCUCAAGUUUCUUUAAAUACUACAAACCUCGGCGAUAUGGAUAUAAAUCUUGCCUUAUCUGCAAGAUUCCAAGGUUUGACACCUCUAGAAAUCAAAAAAAUGGGUUACACAAUUCAGCAAUCUAUCAAAAACAUGCAAAGCCAAAUAGAGUCAGUUCAAGCUGAGUCACAAAAUUCUUACAAGGAAAUUGAGCUCCUUGAAGACGAAUUUUCCCAAGUUUCUGAAGAAAGAAAUGUAUUUAAAGAUGGUUACAGUAAAGAAGUAAGAAGCAGAAUUGAUAUGCAAGAUAAAUACUACAGUGUUCCUAAAGUUGAUGAUAGGUUUUUCUUUCUCACUGAAGCUUUUUCUCGGCCAAGUACCCAGUCAAAAUCAUCGAGAAAUCUUCCUCUUAACAACCAAUUUUCAGCCACAUCUAUCACUAAUGCUCCUUUUAAUAGGAAUCGCAACACAAGUUCAGCUAACCCAGGUCCAAGACUGUCAACGCCUUAUAGCUUUCAAACAUCUCCUCGUCCCAAAACCUCGGUUAGAGUCCUUCGCCCUACAUUUUCAGCUUCAGGAUUUAAUUUUUUAUUACCUAAGUAA